UUGAAAUAUGACGCCAACCAAUAAUAUCCUUUCUCUUCAGUGAAACGAAAGUAAACAGUGACCAAGAACACAAUACAUUGUUUUUAAUUGAUAGACGUUUAUUAACGACAUGGAACUCAAAAUUUGACUAAUUUAAUUGCCCCGCAUCACAUACUUACCCCAUGUAGUCUUUCAUUCGCGUUGGAGACAGGACUUGGUUGAUAAGGGUUAUCUAGGUAAGGCUAGCUACUUUACCUGCUAACAAUGGCUAACUGUAUGGUUUUUCACACUCAAAUAGCCUCCAUCAUGGAAGUGCUAGCGAAUGCAGCCGUGACAGAUAUCUGUAAACUCGUAGACGACGACUAUGCAGUGUUUCGUUUGGAAAUAACUCAAAGCCAGAAAGAAAACAGGGCAUUGCGGAGGAAACUACAGCUACUGGAAAUUAAGAUGGCACGGGAGCGCGCAGAGAGGACAACGAGAGAGCGCGUUCUCGCCAGUCGUCCCAGUAGUGUCAAGAUCCUCGACCGAUACAGAGGAAUGGCAAAAGGACAUCUCACUGGAGGCCACAGGAGCUUUGUGAAGCCAGCGGGACACAACGCGUGGAGAGAUGACCAACCCAUAUCUAUAGAUGAGGGGAGUGGAACCUCAACCCAGCAUGUUAUUGUGAUAGAGUCUGCAGAUGCAGAGGCUGCAGGUCCUGGGGUCAAGCUGGAGAGGUCUGAAGGAGAGGAGGACCCACGGCACAGCAGAGACAUCCAGACUGGAGCAACGGCUGGAGUAGUGCCCCCUGUAGUUAGGAAAGACCUUGCCGCCGCGCCCCAGGCCAGGACACGACGCAGCAUCACAGAGGAGGAGGGUCCAGAGGUGUUGCUGGUGAAGGAGGAGGGGUGUGAGGAGGAUCUGGGGAACCCUGAGGGGAUCAUGUUCAUGGAGGACAACCAGACUACACCUCCUCCUGAACCCACAGAGGAACCAGCUGAGCAGCACUGGACCACACACAGUCUCAGUGAGUCAGUAGAUAUGGAGGAUGGGAAGCCUGAUCUGCUGCUGGUCAAAGAGGAGACAAUGGAAGAUGAACCAGAGAGCAUUGACUUGCUGAGUGGAAUAAAGAUGGGGGAGCAAGGUGGUUGGGCGGAGGCUAAAAGUGGAGACUGGGCAUCCAUCUUGGAUUCCCAGACCGGUGCAGCCAAGAGCUCAGGGGACAACAUCACUGAGCAGGCCAGGACCAGAGAUGACAUAGUGGAGUCCAGUGGAUGGUACAGCGUCCUCAACUCUGGGCUGGGGAACAACACUGUUAACCAUAACCAGAAACAAACAGUCGAACACAAAACAACAAGCAAACUUAGUCUCCAUGACAACAGACUGGCUGAGACCAGGACGAGGCGUAGAUUUUGUCAGUGGGGACGGGGAGGUAUUGGAAUGCGGCAGGACAGAACAGACACAGACUCGGCUAGCGAGGCUCCAUCCUGCUCCUAUAGUUGUGAUUCAGAGAGACUGAUGGCACCUCAGCUUAACCCCCUAACAGUUGCUGCCUUCAGCCUGCCUUCUAUAGGAUCAAUCAACUGGAACAUGGACCCUGCGACAACACAGACACUACCUGGCCUUCGUCCUCCUCACAGUCUCCUAAUGUUAAACCAGACCUCAGACAAUGCCAGUGCCUCAACACUAAAUGGCAACACAAGCCCAUUGACAAAUGACAGUAGUAGUAAUGCUAUCAGUAGAUCCAGUGGCAAAGAGAAGCGCUUUCCGUGUCCAUUCUGUGGGAUAGCCUUCAGUUUCCCCAAACAGGUGGAGAUCCACCAGAGGAUGCACACAAAACCGUUUGGCUGCCACCUGUGCCGGGCCAGUUUCUCUGACUCAUCCAACCUGAAGAGACACCAGAGAGUCCACACAGGGGAGAAACCGUACAGCUGCCUCCAGUGUGAGAAGAGAUUCUCCCACCGGCACCAUCUGAAGAAUCACCUGAAGGUCCACACGGGAGAGAGGCCGUAGGCACUGUGGUAAGAGGUUCUCAGAGAGGAGCUACCUCAGGAUACACCAACAGAAAAUGCACACCGCCCAGGUAUAGAGUAUAGUGACAUGUAAUGUAGUACUAGUUCGUUUGUAGUUAAUUCUGUUGGUUUUGGAUGUAUUAGGGAACUGGAUGAGGUGAACUGAGGAAAUAAUGAGUAUGAUGAGGCAGAGUAGUGAAGAUGAUGAACCUUUUACAGAGUAUUCUAAAAUGUAUUUUAUCAAAGUGAGGGUACCAGAUGUACAGAAAAGAUAUAGUGAUAACAGUGAGAAGUUAUUCUACUUGUCAUAGAUCGUUUUUUCAAGUAGGGAAGAGUAGAGUAAGUUGAACCAUUUUUUCCAUUCAGCAUCACUCUGUCAAGGCAAAUAUAGUAUUAUUUCUAACAAAUAUAUCUACAUAUACCCUGAAGAAAAAUAUAAAUGCAACAUGUAAAAGUGUUGUUCCCAUGUUUCAUGAGUUGCAAUAAAACAUGUUUCGGGGGACGCAUGACUCGACUAUCGCCUCUCCCAAGCCCGUUGGGGAGUUGCAGCGAUGAGACAAGAUCGUAAUUGAAAUUGAGAGAUGAAGGGGGUAAAAAUAAAUAAAAAUACACAUGUGCACCUUGUGCUGGGGACAAUAAAAGGCCACUCUAAAAUGUGCAGUUUUGUCACACAACACAAUGCCACAGAUGUCUCAAGUUUUGAGGGAGCGUGUAAUUGGCAUGCUGACUGCAGGAAUGUCCACCAGAGCUGUUGCCAUUGAAUGUUAAUUUCUCUACCGUAAGCUGCCUCUGUUGUUUUUGUGAAUUUGUCAGAAUGUCCAACCGGCCUUGCAACUGCAGACUGUAUAGCGUCCUGUGGGCAAGCGGUUUCUGAUGUCAAUGUUGUGAACAGAGUGCCCCAUGGUGGCAGUGGGGAUAUGGGAAGGGCAGGCAUAAGCUAUGGACAACAACACAAUUGCAUUUUAUUGAUGGCAAUAUGAAUACAAAGAGAUACCGUGAAGGUAUCCGUGACCAAACAUCUGUAUUUCCUGUCAUGUGAAAUCCAUAGAUUAGGGCCUAAUGAAUUUUUCAAUUGACUGAUUUCCUUAUAUGAACUGUAACUUUAUAAAAUUGUUGCAUGUUGCAUUUAUAUUUUUGUUCAGUAUAUUUCAGGAUGUUGUGUAUCUCUGGAAAUAAUCUGAAUUGAUUUAAAUGACAUUUAAAUUUUUGAAAACAUAAUUACAUUUUGGAAAACAUAACUUGUCGAAAAAAAGUGGUCUCGUGGCACAACUUACAGUGCCUUGCAAAAGUAUUCAUCCCCCUUGGCGUUUUUCCUAUUUUGUUGCAUUACAAUCUGUAAUUUAAAUUGAUUUUUAUUUGGAUUUCAUGUAACGGACAUACACAAUAGUCCAAAUUGGUGAAGUGAAAUGAAAAAAAUACCUUGUUUCAAAAAAGUUUUUUUUUUUUUUUUUUAUAAAUACGGGAAAGUGGUGUGUGCAUAUGUAUUCACCCCCUUUGCUAUGAAGCCCCUAAACAAGAUCUGGUGCAACCAAUUACUUUCAGAAGUCACAUAAUUAGUUAAAUAAAGUCCACCUGUGUGCAACCUAAGUGUCACAUGAUCUGUCACAUGAUCUCAGUAUAUAUACACCUGUUCUGAAAGGUCCCAGAGUCUGCAACACCACCAAGCAAGCGGCACCAUGAAGACGAAGGAGCUCUCCAAACAGGUCAGGGACAAAGUUGUGGAGAAGUACAGAUCAGGGUUGGGUUAUAAAAAAAUAUCAGAAACUUUGAACAUCCCACAAAUCCAUUAUUAAAAAAUGGAAAGAAUAUGUCAACACAACAAACCUGCCAAGAGAGGGCCGCCCAUCAAAACUCACAGACCAGGCAAGGAGGGCAUUAAUCAGAGAGGCAACAAAGAGACCAAAGAUAACCCUGAAGGCGCUGCAAAGCUCCACAGCGGAGAUUGGAGUAUCGGUUUGGAGAUUGGAGUAAAACACGAUGUCUGGUGCAAACCCAACAGCUCUCAUCACCCCGAGAACAACAUCCCCACAGUGAAGCAUGGUGGGUGGCAGCAUCAUGCUGUGGGGAUGUUUUUCCCAUCGGCAGGGACUGGGAAACUGGUCAGAAUUGAAGGAAUACAGGGAAAUUCUUGAGGGAAAUCUGUUUCAGUCUUCCAGAGAUUUGAGACUGGGACGGAGGUUCAUCUUCCAGCAGGACAAUGACCCUAAGCAUACUGCUAAAGCAACACGAGUGGUUUAAGGGGAAACAUUUAAUGUCUUGGAAUGGCCUAGUCAAAGCCUAGACCUCAAUCCAAUUGAGAAUCUCUGGUAUGACUUAAAGAUUGCUGUAUACCAGCAGAACCCAUCCAACUUGAAGGAGCUGGAGCAGUUUUUCUUUGAAGAAGGGGCAAAAAUCCCAGUGGCUAGAUGUGCCAAGCUUAUAGAGACAUACCCCAAGAGACUUGCAGCUAUAAUUUCUGCAAAAGGUGGCUCCUCAAAGUAUUGACUUUGGGGGGGUGAAUAGUUAUGCACGCUCAAGUUUUCAGUUUUUUUGUCUUAUUUCUUGUUUGUUUCACAAUAAA